GACGGGCACAGCGCCUCCCCCUGGUUUUGGAUGCACUUCCCCGACCUGUCCUGUUUCCAGGCUAACAGUCGACGUCACGCCUGCGGUCUCUCCGAAAGGUGUUUUAUUCUAGUGCUCCGAUUGCCGCCUGUCGCCCGGUAACAAUCCCUCCCGGGAGAGCUGCGUCUAAGCCCCGCGUGUAUUCGACCAACUGCGCCUCACUGACAUCCAUGCUUGGGGCGCUUUAACUCGGAUGAUGCGCUCGUAAACGCCGCAGGACCCAAAGGAAAAACGAACCAACGCACGAGGGACGCGGGUUCCUGAAAUAGAAACGACUCUCUGAAGCAUCGACCGCAGCAACCGGCUAAAGCUAAAAAGUUCGGCAGCAAAUCUCAGUCUGUCCUUUAAAGUUUACUGGUGAGAAGCGGGCUCCGGAUGGCAAAGUCGGACACCCGAGGCAACACAUAAAACCCCGAAUGAGCAGCGGUGUGCUGAAGAAGGAAAUCCCGGCAGCCACCUGAACUGACAGAAGUCCACAGAUGAGGCCAAAUGAAUAAGCGUUUUCAAAGACGUGUACCAGAGAAAAGGAGAGCAAGAGCACACCAUGCAACAAGGCAAUAAAAUUCACCCCAAUGAAGUGGACGGCCGUGUCAGGAUCACCAGUGCCAGCCCAAAGCCAGUGCUUUUCAACACUGAGCAAGUGAAAUACGGCAAUGACUUCAUCGUGGAGAACAUCCGCAAGAAGCAGUGCAUCUACUAUGUGGAGAAACCGCAGGAGGGGGUCCCUCAAGGGAUGGAAAUCUGCAAGUGUGGUUACCUGAAGAGUGCUCACAGUUCAGAGGCCUUCCACUAUGCAGGAUCACCCAGUGAUAACUGGCACCCGAAGACGCACACCCGUGAAGUGCCCACUGAUGCCUUUGGGACCAUGACCUUUACCAGCCUGGGGAAAAACAAUGCCAGGUAUGUCCGAGUAUCUGCUGACACUUCCCCCGAGAAGCUGUAUAAACUGCUCACAUCCUUGCAGCUCGAUGUGCCCAACCUGCUGAUCUCAGUUACUGGAGGCGCCAAGAACUUUGUUAUGAAGCCACAACUAAGGAAUAUGUUCCACCGGGGCUUAAUCAAGGUGGCCCAGUCAACAGGUGCCUGGAUUAUCACAGGCGGUACACAUGCUGGUGUCAUGAAACAUGUUGGGGAGGCGGUACGAGACUCUGCCAUGAGCAGUACCACCAAAGAUGGGCGGAUUGUGGCCAUUGGCAUAGCUACCUGGGGGAUUGUGUACGACCAGGCCAGUCUGAUCAAACGUCCGGGGAGCUACUUGCCGGCUGAGUAUACCAUUAAUGAAGCAAAGCAGGGCCGGCUGUCCUGCCUGGACUGCAAUCACUCGCAUUUCAUCCUGGUUGAUGACGGUACCCAAGGUGUCUAUGGUGUGGAGAUUGAGCUGAGGGCCAAACUGGAAAGAUUUAUUGCCAACCAGACCAUGGGCUUGAGUGUUGGAAUAAACAUUCCAGCAGUGUGUGUCGUGCUGGAGGGCGGCCCGGGCACCUUGGACACCAUCUACAACGCCAUGCUCAAUGGCACGCCCUGUGUGAUCCUCGAGGGUUCGGGUCGAGUCGCCGAUGUGAUCGCACACGUUGCCACCCUACCUCUUUCCCAGAUCACAGUGGAACUGGUGCAAAAGCACCUGAAGACAUUCUUUGCUGAGGACUUUGACUCCUUCUCUGAGGAAAAGAUGAUCGAAUGGACAAAGAAGAUUCAGGACAUCGUGAGAAUGCCCCAACUCUUGACGGUCUUCCGAAUGGACAAGGAGGUCAACAAGGAAGUGGAUGUGGCCAUCCUGCAGGCUCUGCUCAAAGCUUCAAAGAGUGUGGACUAUCGUGGACAGGACAACUGGGAGCACCAGCUAAAGCUUGCUGUGGCAUGGAACCGGAUGGACAUUGCCAAGAGCAAGAUCUUUACUGAUGAUCGGCUCCUGAAGUCGGCAGAUCUGCGUAAUGCGAUGGUGGCAGCGCUGAUUGGCGACAAACCUGAUUUUGUGAGGCUCUUCCUGGAGAAUGGUGUGAACCUCCAAGAGGUUAUGACCGAGAGUGUUGUUCUGGAGCUCUUUAACAACUUGUCUCCCAGUAGCCUGAUCUACCGCAUGCUGAUGAAGGAAGUGAAGGAGGACAAGUCAGAAGGGCCUGAGCUGGCAAAAGGCCAAUGGAAGAUCAACAUGCACCAUGUGUCCAACGUUCUUCGGGAGCUUCUUGGAGACUUCACCCAGCCACUUUACCCCUGGCAUCGGAGCAACUCCAAGUUUGCAGUGUUACUACAUAUGGAACACAAUGGGAAUUCUGAGCGAAGUAAUUUGCACUCCAGGGCCUUUGGGAGAGAAAGAAAGCAAAAGGAAGUAUUUGAAGAUCCUGUUCGAGACCUCUUCAUUUGGACAAUACUCCAGUGCAGGACCGAGCUGGCCCAGAUUGUAUGGGAGCAGUGCCAGGAUUGCUUGGCUUCUGCCCUUGCAGCCUCAAAGAUCCUCAAAGAGCUGGCGAAGGAAGAGGAGGAUACAGAUCAAUCUGAAGUGAUGGAGAACCUGGCCGAGGAGUACGAGAAGCACGCCAUCGGAGUGUUCACCGAGAGCUAUCGCAGAGAUGAAGAGCGAGGCCAGAAGCUGCUGAUCCGUGUCUCCAAGUCCUGGGGUCACACGACCUCUGUGCGACUGGCACUGGAGGCCGAUAACCAGAACUUUGUUGCCCAAGGUGGUGUGCAGGCCCUGCUGACCAAAAUCUGGUGGGGAGAGCUGGCUGUGGACACCCGCAUGUGGAAGGUGCUGCUCUGCAUGGUUUUCUUUCCGCUCAUCUAUACUGGACUCCUUACCUUCAGGCAGGACGAAAAGAUCCUCAAGGAGAAAGUCAGACGGGAAGUCACAAAUGGCGACUUGAUGGAAAAUCCUGCCAUCCCCAAAAAAAGGUUGCCCCUUGAGAAGAUGCGCCUGAAGCCUCUGACGUGUGUGAGCCGCUUAAAAUACUUCUACACAGCUCCAGUGGUGGUCUUUUACUGGAAUGUAGUCUCCUACUUUGGCUUCUUGUGGCUGUACGCCUACGUGUUGACAAUGAACUUUCAGACCAUUCCAGCAUGGCAGGAGAUUCUCUUGUACGUUUGGGUGUUCACCCUCUUCUGUGAGGAGCUCAGGCAGCUCUUCCAUGAUCCUGACAAAUUUGGGGUCCUGAAGAGGGCAGAGAUUUACAUCAGUGACUUGUGGAACAUUUUUGACGUGCUGAGCAUCUGUAUAUUUGCAGCAGGAGUGGCCUGCAGGUUGACCACUGCUGGUUUCUACGCCGGUCGGAUCAUUCUGAGCAUUGACUUCAUCAUUUACUGUCUGCGGCUCAUGGCCAUUUUUACUGUAAAUAAAAACCUGGGGCCAAAGAUCAUCAUAGUGAAGCGCAUGCUCAAAGACAUCUUCUUCUUCCUCUUCCUGCUGGCUGUCUGGGUUGUGUCCUAUGGAGUUGCUGAGCAGGCCAUCCUGAUUGAAAAUGAGUCUCGGCUGGAAUGGCUAUUCCGUGGGGUCGUGUACCAGCCCUACCUGACCAUCUUUGGACAAAUGCCCUCAAGCGUGGACAGUGUGAACUAUGCAAGCGGUCAGUGCACCACGAAUGGUACGGACCCCACCAAACCCACUUGUCCUGUUCUGGACAAUAAUGGAAACCCAGCUUUCCCGACUUGGCUGACAAUCAUUCUUCUCUGCAUCUACUUGCUCUUUGCCAACAUUUUGCUCAUCAACCUACUGAUUGCCAUGUUAAGCUACACUUUCCAGGUGGUACAGGACAACACCGACCAGAUCUGGAAGUUCCAGCGUUUUGGACUGAUUGAGGAGUAUCAUGGUCGCCCUGCAUUCCCACCCCCCUUCAUAAUCUUCGGACACCUGUACUUGUUUUUCAAGCGGGUCAUCCAGAGAAAGAAGGCCAGUAGACACAAACAGUUCAAAAUGGAGCUGCCAGAGAACGAGGAGACUGCACUUCUCUCCUGGGAGUCAUUUAUGAAGGAAAGCUAUCUGCUGAGACUGCAGCAGGAGCUGAGUGACACCAACGAGCAGAAGAUCCAGGACACGGCUGACAGGGUUGGUGUUUUGGCCGAAUUGCUGGAAGGUGACAGUGGCAGGCAUGUCAUUGAGAAGAGGUUGGCUCACUUGGAGGAGCAGGUGUUGAUGUCUACCAAGGCCUUGACGUGGAUCAUGAACGCCUUGGUGGCCAAAGGCUUUGGCUCCCGGGACGAGGCACUGGCCGUCUUAGCGGUUGGCAAGAGUAAAGAGGCAGAGCCGAAAGAGGAAGACGAGGAAGAUGACCCUGAACCUCACUAUCAUGUGAACGCCAGGCAGCUGCUUUACCCCGACUCGAAUGUGAAGCGUUUUCCUGUGCCAGAUGAGAGGGUGCCCUGGGAGGUCGACUUCACUGCCUACAAGCCCCCAGUGUACGCCGCCAAGACAGGAUCUGCAGUCGAUAUACCAGAUGGCCAGUCUGCUGCUGCCUCUGCUCAGAAAUACAAGAAUCCCAUGGGAAGGACGGGGUUGACUGGGACAGGGAAGCUAUAUCAUCUGGGACCCAAUUACUCCAUGGAUCUGAUUGUCACCUGUUGGAAGAGGAACUUGGAUGGCGUGGUGUGCAUGAGAGCAGGGAAGAAAGUGAUGCAGUACUUCUCAAUAAAGCGCAAGGAAUACGAGCUGUGGGCCUUUCCAGGGGGCCUGGUGCAGCCCGGUGAAGCCUUGCCCUUGAGGCUGAAGGGGAUCUUGAGCCCAUUUCUCCAGAGGCAGAUCACGAAGAUGCUGAGUGACGGCAAGGAGGUCUACAAAGGCUAUGUGGAUGAUGCCAGAAACACAGACGAGGCCUGGAUUGAGACCACCGCCAUCAACAUUCACUUUGAGGAGGACAAUGAGGUGCUGGCUGAUCUCAAGAAACUUGACACAAAAGACACUGAAGCGGAAAUCGCCACUGCCUGGCAGGACGCCGACCGGAAGAACUAUCUCUAUGCAACCCACAGGGACAUUCUGCAGAAGGUGGCCGAGCAGCACCAGGCGCACUACUGAGCCUCAAGAUGAAGCCGCUCGGGCCUCUUCCCUCGUUCUUUGACUUUGGCAAUGGGGUGGUGGCAUAGCAGAAACUGCAUGGACUUCAAAGUUGGGUUCAGACACGGGGGGCAGGCUCUCUUAGGAGAUGCUUGUGAUGCCUGGUAAAAGACCAAGUGCUCCCUUUUCCCAAGACCCUCACCCAUGUGCCUACGCUGACAAUCACAGAUAUGCCCGGCUUCAGUUCUCUACGGCUUUGGUACUUUUUAGUUUAUGUAGACAGAGUCGCCAACGCUCAAUGCUGUUGCCUGUGCAAAACCAAAAGCGCCAUUGCUGGCCCCCGUUUGUUUUAAAUACUUUUAUUAAAGUGGUUCUUAAACAGGGGCAUGAGUCCCACCUCAUUACUGAUUCCUACU